CGGUUCUCCCAUCAAACGGUUUGAGUUGGAACGUGUUAAAACGGUUGAAGAGGCGGAAUGAGAGCAGAAAUAAAUAAUAAAUAAAUAAUAAUAAAUAUUACCGGGCCUGUGGCGGACUCUGUCCCCGGUCAGGAUGACUCUGUCCCCGGUCAGGAUGGCUGCUGGGCCGCGGAAAAGGUCCUACAAGGAGCUGCCGGUCUGGGUCGUGGAGGACCACCACGACGUGGUGAGUCAUAUUUAUCGAGCCAUAGCAUCCAGACACCUCCCACUGAAGAACAUCAAGAUGGUUCAUCUAGACUCCCACCCUGACCUGCUGAUCCCCGUCAACAUGUCCGCUGACACCGUGUUCGACAAGGAGAAACUCCUCAGUGAGUUGAGUAUAGAGAACUGGAUCAUGCCCAUGGUGUAUGCUGGCCAUGUGUCCUGUGUGGCCUGGCUGCAUCCCUACUGGGCCCAGCAGAUCACAGAGGGAGAACACAGGAUGUGUGUGGGUCGAGACCCCUCCACCACCACCAUCAGGGUGACCAGUAGAGAUAACUACUUCCUCAGUGAUGGUCUGUAUGUUUCAGAGAAGCAGCUGGAGAACUCUAAACCUCUCAGGCUGAAUGUGGUCAGAGUGGAUCCUGUUGGAGCGAGUCCCGGCUCGCCUUCAGUAAAGAAGCCGUUAGAGGAGACAGAGCGGUGGUUUGCUAAGCGGCCCCGUGCAGAGCGUCCUGCUGGGGAGGCCAGCUGCUCUGAGCUGCUCUCCUGCAGCAGCAGCCUGCAGCCAGCAGGGGGCAGCAGCAGCACAGGCCAUGAUGAUGAUGAUGAUGAUGAUGAUGAAGGAUCCACCAGCUACGUUGUUAGGAGAAUAUCUGCAUUACUCAGUGAGACGGAGCCGUACAUCCUGGACAUUGAUCUGGAUUUCUUCUCCUGUAAGAAUCCCUUCAAGGAGUUAUACACAGAGGAGGAGUACUCCAUCCUGAAGGAGCUGUACAGCUUCAGAGGACCCAGGCCUGAUGCUGACGAGGAGGAGCUGGAUGAGUGUGUGGAUCAUCGUGUUCAUCAGUUAGAAGAUCUGGAAGCAGCGUUUGCUGACCUGCUGGAGGACGAUGGAGAAGAGACGGUGACUCGCUGGGCCUCAAACCCUGGCAUGGCUUCAUUAGCCCGACUGGUUUCCAGUUUGAAGUUGAGGAAUCUGAGUCCUGACUAUGAAAUGGUGCACCAGGCCGGGUUAACCUGUGACUCUGUGGAGCUUCCUCACCACAUCAGCACUGACGAGGAGAUCGACAGACUCAUCUCAGCGGUGCAGAUGUUUCUGAAGGUUCUGCCCAAGCCCACGCUGGUCACCAUGUCCAGGUCCAGUCUGGAUGAGUACUGCCCAGUAGAGCAGGUGGACUCGGUCCAGAACAGAGUCCUGGCGGUCCUGGAGAGCCUGUAUGGAGCUCUGGACCUACACAAAGACUAUGAGACCAGCAGCUCAGAGGUCCAGGACCCCCAACCACAGGCCUCCUAACAAACACACAGACAGUCACCUCUGGACUCAGUGGACGAACCGUCAGAUCAAGAAAACUACAAAAAUCACUCAUCAGAUGCUGCUACAAUGAAUAUAUGUAAUGUGUUGUGUACUCUGUUUUUGUUAUAGUUAAUAAAUCCCCCAUGUGCAGACGGAAACCAGUAAUAAAUGAACUAGAACAUUUUUUUUAAUUAUUCCAAGUAUUUUUUAUUGAGGUUUAUGUAUAAAGAGGUAGUGUACAAAGUACAAACACUACCGGUCAAAAGUUUUAGAACACCCCAAUUUUUCCAGUUUUUUAUUGAAAUUCAAGCAGUUCAAGUCAAAUGAACAGCUUGAAAGGGUCCAAAGGUAAGUGGUGAACUGCCAGAGGUAAAUAAAAAAAGGUAAGCUUAACCAAAACUGGAAAAUAAUGUACAUUUCAGAAUUAUACAAGUAGGCCUUUUU